UGUCCUGAGCGGCUGAGCUCGUUCAAGAACUGGACACACUGUAUUCAUAAAAAUCCACUACUGCGCAAAGCUGGCGGAUGUUACAAAAUGCGUAUUCUACCACUGACGGACAUUCUGAUUCAUAUCGACACUAGUGAUCUCACCAGGGAUUGUUUGGAAAAAGAUUGUCCAGAGUAUAUACCGUGA